AUGCUGAUGAGGAGGGCCGUGCCGCCGACUGCGCGCCUCGACGCUGCUGUGUACCGGGCGUACUGGAACGGCCUGCGUGUGCGUGUGGGUGUGCACACCGGGCUGUGUGACAUCCGGCACGACGAGGUGACGAAGGGCUACGACUACUACGGCGGCACGGCGAACACGGCCUCUCGCACGGAAAGCAUUGCGAACGGCGGGCAGGUGCUGCUGACGGGUGCGGCGUACCUGGCGCUGAGCACGGCUGAGCGUGAGCAGCUGGAUGUGACUGCGCUUGGUGGUGUGCCGCUGCGCGGUGUGCCUGCGCCUGUGGAGACGUACCAGCUGAACGCUGUGCCCGGGCGCACCUUCGCCGCACUGCGGCUUGACCGGCAGGAUGUCUUCGUUCACAAUGAGGGUGAUGGUGCGUCAAGCAGUGAGCCCGGUUCCAGUGUAAGCUACAUGAGUGGCCCUGCGUCGUUCAGCAACCUUGUGCUGGUGACUGUGUUUGGUGCCUUCACCCCGCAGCAGCGUCUGCUUGUGCUGAAGCCGUACUGCGAGCGCUGGAGUGUUCGUCUGCCGCCGAGGGCCUCGUCUGUGUCUGAUGACGAAUACUGUCGUCUGUUGUUAUCACGUCUCUCGCUGAAACUCGAGAAGGUCAUGCAGCGUAUGGGAUGCGCCCAUGAAGCUCAUUCGCGUUCAUCUGCAACUGACAGAGUGAAUUUGCCUUCGUUUUUGGAGGGGUUAUCCUCCUGUGGGGAAGAUCAGGGGAGCGGCUUCGUCAGCCGUGGCUUGGGGACGUACCCGGAAUUGGGUUCUGUUGAGGGUGGCGGGGAUGACUCGGAUUAUGUGACCUUGGUCGUGAAGAGGUAG